UUUGACAAACUCACAAGUACUUGACCAAGAAGAGGAAGGAACAAAAAAAAUGGUUGUUUUACCAGUUUUGUUCCUGUUGGGGCCGCUGUUUCUCAGUGGUCCUGCAGAGGCUCUGACCGUAGCUGAAACACUGAAAGAGGCUGCACUCAGCUUGGACAAACCUCUGGACUGUAACAAGUGGGACUGCAAAUGUGCCUAUGAACACCAGCGUGGCUGCUGCUGUGCUGCCAAAGACAUGUUUCAACUAGAAGAUGACUACUUCAUGAGGACUAAACAUUUGUGGUUCAAUAUCAGCGCACUGAAAUACAGAGUGAAAGAGCUCACAGGUGGCGUCCGGGUUGCUUUCAAAGCUUCAAAUAUUGCCACUUCAACUGGAUCUAGUGACGCCUGCUUUGGUCCUUUCAAUACUAACGUGCCAAUCCCAUACAACCAUGUCACUCUUAACCAUAACAAUGGAUAUAACCCUGCCUUGGGUGUCUUCUCGGCCCCUGCUGCUGGUGUUUACGUCUUCUCCUUCUCAGUCUUCUCACAAGAGAGGAGUCUGUACUAUCAAGUACAACUGAUGAAGAAUGAAGAACGGAUAGUCGGCGUGUGGGAGCACAAUCGAGAAGACUCUGAGGACAAUGCUAACCAGAGCGUGGUGCUGGAGCUGCAGAGAGGCGAUCAGGUGUACAUUGAGCUGAUGUCCGGGAGAAAGCUCUGUAAAUUCCUCGCAGAAAAUAUCUUCACUGGUUACAUGCUGUACCCCCACACCAACCCUUACAUUGAUAUGCAUGAAUAUUAAAUUAUUUCACACUCCUGGACCUUCAAUUAGAACAUUUGAGGUGAACGAGAAAAGUCGUUCACACUUUGAUUUGUGCAUUUGUAUUUAGGCAUUUAAGAUUUAUGAUAGCAUGAAAAGAGAAAUGUUUGAAUCAUUUAAAAAUAUAUAUGAGAAUGCCUGGCAAUAACCAACACUACAAUAUCAGUCUGUGUGCAGAGGAAGUGUGACUUUGUUUUGAUUUGGAAACAAUAAAAGUUUAUUUGAA